AUGGCCACCACCACCACCACCCUAGAAAUGGAGGCUGGCCCCGAAACCAAUCUUGACGAGACCGACGAUGACUUGUCGCCCAUCGAAGAGGUUCGUCUAACGGUGUUAAACGAGGAUGACACGUCGCUGCCGGUAUGGACGUUCCGGAUGUGGACAAUAGGCCUAUUUUCUUGCAUCCUCCUCUCCUUCCUCAACACCUUCUUCUCGUUCCGCACGGAGCCGCUCGUGAUAACGAUGAUCUCCGUGCAGGUGGCGAGUCUGCCGAUCGGACGGUUCAUGGCGCGGACGCUGCCGAGGACCAAGGUUUGGGUUGGCGGGAAGUCGUUCUCGUUGAACCCCGGGGAGUUUAACAUAAAAGAGCACGUCCUGAUUUCAAUAUUUGCGAAUGCCGGUGCAGGGUUUGGGAGUGGACCGGCUUAUGCCGUCGAUAUCGUGACUAUAAUCAAAGCUUUUUAUGGUCGGAAGAUAUCGUUCUUCGCCAGUUGGGCACUUGUGAUUACUACACAGGUAUUAGGGUAUGGAUGGGCCGGUAUUCUCAGAAAGUACGUGGUGGAUCCGGCGGCGAUGUGGUGGCCCAGUAGUCUCGUUCAGGUUUCUUUGUUCAGGGCUCUUCAUGAGAACGACAGCAACCGAAUGUCCAGAGGCAAAUUCUUUUUGAUUGCCCUCAUAUGCAGCUUCUCUUGGUACGUUAUGCCAGGCUACCUCUUCACAACUCUCUCCACAAUUUCAUGGAUCUGUUGGCUCUCUCCAAAGUCAAUAACAGCUCAACAAAUUGGGUCGGGUUUCCGUGGACUUGGUCUGGGGGCAGUAACCCUAGACUGGUCUGUCAUAGCCUCCUACCUUGGCAGCCCUCUGAUCAGUCCCUUCUUUGCCAUUGCCAACAUCGCAGUGGGUUACAUUAUCAUCAUGUAUGUGAUCAUUCCAAUUGCCUAUUGGAAGCUCAAUUUGUACAAUGCCAGCAAUUUCGCAAUCUUCUCUUCCCAUUUGUUUGAUUCCCAGGGCCAAAUAUAUGAUGUGAAAGCCAUUGUGAAUGACAAGUUUGAGAUUGACAUGCCCUCGUAUGAAAAACAUGGACUCAUAAACUUGAGUGUCUUCUUUUCCCUAACCUAUGGCAUUGGUUUUGCUGCUGUUAUAUCAACCCUCACACAUGUGGCCCUUUUCCAUGGAAGGGAUAUAUAUAAACAGUACAAAUCUUCACAUACUGGAAUAGAUAUACACACCAAAUUAAUGAGGAAAUACAAGGACAUACCCAACUGGUGGUUUCAUAGUUUGCUUUUUCUGUCGAUGGCACUCUCUCUGGCAUUGUUCAUUUUCCUGAAAAAAGAAGUUCAAAUGCCAUGGUGGGGACUCAUUUUUGCAGCUGGACUUGCAUUAGUUUUCACCCUUCCAAUUAGCAUUAUAACUGCCACAACAAAUGUGACACCGGGACUAAAUGUCAUCACGGAGUACAUCAUGGGUUUGAUAUUACCUGGCCAACCGAUAACCAAUGUAUGCUUUAAAACUUAUGGGUACAUAAGCAUGGCACAGGCUAUAUCCUUUCUUAGUGAUUUUAAGUUAGGCCAUUACAUGAAGAUCCCGCCUAUAUCAAUGUUCGUAGUUCAGUGCAUAGGAACUAUAGUAGCCGGAACAAUCAAUAUCGGAACGGCAUGGUGGUUGUUAGGCAGUGUGGAGAACAUAUGUAACGUUGAAUUACUCCCUAGCAAUAGCCCCUGGACUUGUCCUAAUCACGGUGUCUUCUUCACUGCAUCUGUGAUUUGGGGUCUGGUUGGACCGAAACGAAUCUUCGGCUCUCUUGGACACUACUCAGCCCUCAACUGGUUCUUCCUUGUCGGCGCCCUUGGGCCUCUCUUGGUGUGGUCACUGCACAAAGCUUUUCCCAAGCAGAAAUGGAUCGCUUAUAUCAACCUUCCAGUGCUUUUUGGAGCAACGGCUGUGAUGCCACCAGCCACAACUGUGAACUUCAACUGCUGGAUUGUGAUGGGGAUAGUUUUCAAUUACUUUGUUUUCAGGUACAGAAAGAGGUGGUGGCAGAGGUACAACUAUGUUCUCUCCGCUGCCCUAGAUGCUGGGUUGGCUUUCAUGGGGGUGCUUAUAUAUAUGUGUUUGACCAUAAACGAUAUAAGCAUAUCUUGGUGGGGUACAGAAGACUAUGACCACUGUCCAUUAGCCACGUGUCCAACAAAUAAGGACAUAGUGCUUGGUCAUGCUUGUGUACUCUGA